AUGGUUGUUGAUACAGCUUACUAUGAUGCACUUGGCGUGCCGCCAACAGCAACUGAGCUGGAGAUUAAAAAGGCGUACAGGAAACUUGCUAUCACCACUCAUCCAGACAAGAACCCCGGAGAUGAAACUGCCCAUGUGCGUUUCCAAGCGAUCGGAGAAGCAUACCAAGUCCUUAGCAACGAUGAACUACGAAAGCAGUAUGACAAGUUUGGCAAGGAUCAGGCCGUCCCCGGUGGAGGUUUCGAGGACCCGGCACAGUUCUUUACCAUGAUCUUCGGCGGCGAAGCCUUUGUCGACCUUAUUGGAGAAAUCUCGUUGAUGAAAGACCUUACUACCACUAUGGAUAUUACUAUGCAGCAGAUGGAGGAAGAAGAAUUAGCUGCGUCUGCUGAAGAGAAAUUGAAUAUUGACGACGAAGAAUCACAUAAUGAGACGCCAUCCGCACCGUCUGCACCGUCAGCUGCCCCAGCCGAGUCGACCACCACAACGCCCGCUCCUGAGUCUGGUAACGAUUCCGGUACGAGCACUCCCAGACGCAAUUGGGGCCAACAGGCAAUUAUGGAGAAAUCAGAGGAAGAGGCUAGGAUGGAAGCUGCUGGUCUUACGGCCGAAGAAAAGGAACUUCGCAAGAAGGAAAAGAAGAAGGGUGGUUUGAGCCGCGAACAACAAGAACGGUUAGCUCAAUAUGAAGAGGAGCGACGCAAAGCUCGCCAGGAGCGAGUCGACACCCUCGUGCGCAAGCUCAUCGAUCGCGUCAGCGUUUGGACGGAGACAGACAAGGGUCCAGAGGUAACACACGCCUUUGAAGAAAAGAUUCGUCUUGAAGUUGAGAACUUGAAGAUGGAGUCGUUUGGUCUGGAGAUCCUCCACGCCAUCGGACAGACCUACUUGCAGAAGGCUACUUCAUUCCUGAAAUCACAAAAGUUUUUGGGUAUCUCCGGCUUUUUCUCUCGUCUCAAGGAUAAAGGCACUCUAGCCAAAGAGACAUGGGGCACAAUCUCUACGGCAAUCGAUGCUCAAAUGACUAUGGAAGAAAUGGCAAAGUUGGAGGAGAAAGGCGGUGCUGACUGGACAGAUGAGAAGAGAGCCGAGUACGAGAGGAAAGUCACAGGAAAGAUCCUUGCAGCAGCCUGGAGAGGAAGCAAAUUUGAGAUCCAGUCGGUGCUACGGGACGUUUGCGAUAGAGUCCUGGGAGAUAAGUCUGUAAAGUUGGAGAAGCGAAUUGAGCGUGCACAUGCUUUGGUCCUUGCUGGAAACAUCUACCAAAAGGCUGCCCGCGACCCUGAUGAAGAAGGCGAUUACCUAGCCUUUGAACAACUCAUGGCCGAAGCCGCCACGAAAAAGAGCAAAGACGACAAGAAGAAGAAAAAGGAUCCCAAGGCUUCAAAGAGCCCCGAGCGAACCGAAGAGAAGCCAGCCACAACCGUCUAA